CGAAGGCAGUGCGCCUGUGAUUGCGUUAAGCAAAGCAUUAGAAGGCAGUGCAUCGCAAUGGCUGUCCCAAAUAUGCUUCGCUGGCAUCACAUGGCCGCAGCUUAAGGAAAUCUUCAUCCAACGUUUCGUGAGCAUUGAGACAACUUCUGCCAUACUGAUGAACAUUUUGAACGGACGUCCCAAAACUGGAGAGAGUUUCGCUGAGUACGGCAGUCGCAUUGUCACCCUAUUGCUCUCUAAGUGGAAGGCAAAGAAUUUGGAGGAGAUUGCGGUAUCAGUAGCGUUAGCUCACAUGGCUCAAAUUGAUAAUAAAUUGUUGCGUUGGCUGUUUACAACGAAUGUGACGACUCCUAAUGAGCUGCAGCAGCAGCUACAGGCUUACGCUUUCAAGAAGAGUAACAACGAGGACGUCGGAUAUUCGACGGGUCCGGAUAAAAAGAAAACAAGAAUACAGUCGCAGGUGAAGUGCCAUUUUUGUGGAAAAGCUGGCCACAAAUAUGCAGAAUGCCGCUCUCGAAUGGAGAAAGCAUCAGCCCCAACAGAGCAGCACGGCCGGAGUGAAGGAUCGAUCAAAAAUUAAAUGUUUUAAGUGCGGUGAAAACGGACAUGUGGCUUCUGUAUGCCCCAAAAAUCGUACUGGUGGAAACAGCAAGAGCUACGAGAAGCGAGUUGACGUUUGUACAGUAGCUCCACCAAGUGGAACAAUUACCUUAUCCAAUGAGUCUAUUCCAUAUUGUAUUGAUUCUGGAGCCGAAUGUUCACUGGUCAAGGACAGUGUAGCGGAUAAAUUCACCGGAAAACGAUUUCACAAUAUUGUAACUUUAAAUGGCAUAAGUAACGAUUCAAUU